AGCGCUUCUGACUGGCUGUAACAUUAUUACAAUACAGACAUACAUGGCAUGAGCUUUUUUUUUAACAAUAAAAGAAACAAAGUCAACAAGGGGAAGCUUGGCCUAUUGGCAACCAUUCUUGCCUGCUUAUUUAUUAUUUAUCCCCUUCCCCAACAAAGCUAUAAUUCCUGCUAUCAUUUCUUGAUUUUAUUUUGAUCUUUAUAUAGAUAGUUUUUGCUUGUAUAGACCUAUACUGUUUGUAUAGAAAUUAAGUCGGCAAGAUAGUCAAUUCUUGAUCUGAAGACUGGAGGAUCGGUUCUGGAUUUUCAAUUUUGGGAAGUUGAUAGUAGAUGUUGAACUGGAGAGGUGGAACAUCAGAAUUAUAUGGGUAAUUUCUGCUGUUUUCAGCUUGCAGGAGGCCGUUCUUCGAGUGGCUCCGGCAAGGGAAGAAGUCAUCAGGGACCUGUAAAGUAUGGAUUCAGUUUAGUAAAAGGAAAAGCAAAUCAUCCUAUGGAGGAUUUCCAUGUUGCUAAGUUUGUACAGUUUCAUGGUCGCGAGCUAGGACUAUUUGCUAUUUAUGAUGGGCAUUUGGGAGAUACUGUGCCGGCUUACUUACAAAAGCAUCUGUUUUCCAAUAUCUUGAAGGAGGAGGACUUUUGGACGGAUCCAAAUAGGUCUAUUGCUAAAGCCUAUGAAAGAACUGAUGAGGCAAUUCUGUCACACAAUCCUGACUUGGGACGAGGUGGGUCCACUGCUGUUACAGCAAUUCUCAUAAAUUGUCGACUUCUGUGGGUAGCUAAUGUUGGAGAUUCACGAGCAGUCCUUUCGAGGAAGGGGCAGGCUAUACAGUUGACCAUCGAUCAUGAGCCGAACACAGAGCGAGGAAGCAUUGAAACCCGAGGUGGAUUUGUCUCUAACAUGCCAGAUGCAUCUGGUAAUCAUCUUUGAUGCAAGACUGUAUAUUUCUGAUUUAUGGCAAAGUUCUUAUGACUCCAAUGAAAUGCUUUGGGAAAAUUGCUCCAUUAGUUCCCAACUGGUGGACCUUGUUGCAACUUCUCCAUCAGUGUUGUCCCCAAAUGUGAUGCUUGGACUUUUCGAAAUGAUCGGAGUACGUAUGGGUACUCCAUUUGGACACUGCAAUUUAUAUAGGGGUUUUUAUCUUCUAAUUGUUAUACAAUUUUCGUGAUUUUAGUCAAAUGAGUUAUUUUAUCCAUUGCUACUAAUGCUUUUAGGUUAAUCAGAUUGACAAAAAAGCCAUAUUAAUAGUGUUGAUAGGUUAAUAAGGUUGACAAUAAAACCGUAUUAACCAAAUUUGGACUUUUUUCAGCCUCGUCCUUAUAUCCUACAUUUUAGAAAAUAAAAGAUCUGACACUUAGGUACGUUCCCGUAUCCAAGUCCAAGAAUCAUAGGUCCCCAAUGUAUUACCCUUGUAGCGUCAUUGAUUCUUACUAGAUGGGUUCUGUCAUUUGACAGUUAAGAAGUUAAUUUUUGUUUAAAAGACUAUUAUACCCUUACUUUGAGCUAAAAUAAGUAAAAAAUAAAGUAAGGGAAAAUUGCAUAGGAUUUCCUAACCUUAGCAUUUUGUGCAAAUGGGUACCUUACCUUCAACUCUUGUGGCCACCAUCCUCAACCCUUCACGUAUGUACCAGAAAUAGACAGAGUAAUUAAGUGUAAGUGGUACCAAUGCAUCUUCUUUUUACUUCUAACAGUCAUUCGUCAGAUGACGAUGACUACACAUUCUGCUUAUAAUUUUAUUUGGGGCAAUUAUAUAUGCCUCUUUAUGUCUUGGAGUUCAAAAUUUGAUGACUUAUGAUAUGAUCUGCAAUCGAAGUACAGUAAAUCAUGCAGAAAAGUGUUCUAGUAGUUCCACGCGCGUGAUUAGAAAUACCUACGAUCUAAUAUUGAAGAUAUCAAUUUGAACUCAAGUUGGAGAUUGUAGGUCUUGGUAGGAGAGUUGGACAAUAUGUUAAUCAUAGUGGCUUUUGAGCAAGUGAAUAUCUCUGAUGAUUGUGCCAAAAGCUAUGCGUAUAGUUUCUCAUUUUGUGGACUUAUGCAAGUCUCGGAUAUGUACACAUGCCGAGUUAAUUAAAUGAGUGCCCACUCAACUUUACCUAUGGUUACUAGUUGCUCAUCGAAAAUUGAACGGUUACUCAAUGCUCACUGGAAUAUUCAUUAGAUUACCCAUCAAUCACCAUAACCAAUUUCAUUUGUACAUAUGGACAAAUAUUUAUAUAUGGCAUAUAAAAAAACACAUCAUCAAAAAUUUGUAUUUUAUAAAUAAAAAAAUUGAAAUUAAAAUUCCUUCAAUUCACCUUCCUUCUUCCCCAAAUCACUUUGCUCCCUAGGGAUGGCAAAAAGGAUGCCCAGACUCGAACCGCCCUGUGGAGACAAAAUAAAAGGGGCAAGCUGCUGCCCCGUCUAAUCUAAGGCGGGGCGGGGCCGUUGCCAUCACUAUUCCUCCCCAAUUCCACAUCCUAGGUUCAUAAUUCACAUCCCCAAAAAUAAUUUAGGUUGCUCGACUUUUUUUUUUUUUAACUAAAUAGUCAUAUACCCAAGAUUAUUGAGGAACAUAAAUAAAUUUAAAUUACACACACAUGCACACUUGUUUGAAAACACACAUCCUCAGCAAUAAAUGAAAUUGGGGCAUUAAUUUUGGAUGGUUCACAUCCCCAAUUUUGUCGAUCAGAGCAUGAUUCAAAAUUUUUUCAUUUUGGGGAAGAAGGUGAUCGAUUAAUUUUACUGAUUUAUGAUGAGACAAGUGGCUGGUGUGAUGAAUUCUGAAUACAAGAAUUAUUAGCCAUAGGAACUUCGCCGGUGAAAGUUUUAACUGCAAACUCAAAACAUGGUCGGCUCAUAUAUCCUUGAGAGGCAAGUCUGAAGUGGAAACUGAAAUUGCACUAGAUGAUGGCACAGUCAUCCCCAUCAUGCUGAUUUGGAGGAGAAAGAUCUCUAUGAGGCCAAAAUAGCAGAACCUUCCUGUUUAUUAUCAUCUGAAUUUUCUAUUUUAAACUUCUCAAUUCCAAACUGGAAGAUAAUAUGGGGAAGAAGGUGAUUUGGCAAUUUCAAUAUCACUUUCUUUCUUUUUCAUUUAUAAAAUACAAAUUUCUAAUGGCAUGGCUAUGAUUCAGUAUGCCACGUCAUUUUUUUUUUAUAUCCGAUGAAUAAAUAUUUGUCCACAUGUACAAAUGAAAUUGACUAUGAUGAUUGAUGGGUAAUCUAAUGAAUAUUUCAAUGAGCAUUGAGUAAUCGUUUAAUUUUCGAUGAGCAAGUAGUAACCAUAGAUAAAGUUUAGGGGUCACUCGUUUAAUUAACUCGUACACAUGCCACGAUGUUGGGGGGGGGGGGCUGAGCAUCUACACGGCAUUUCACUCAAUUUGAGUAAAUAUAGGUAACAAGUAGAUCAAGAUAGUUAAUGCUACAUCACUAAGGAUAGAGAGGAUGCAUGAGCAAAUGCACGGGAGCGUGCCCAACUUCUAUUCCAAAUAAAUUGUUAAUUAUGCAUCAGCCUCUCUGGUGCAAAUAUAAACUGUACACUGGAAUUCAUUGACAAAGGUUUUGCAGUACAAAAUGUAUCAUCAACAAUUCAGCAUGAAGCAAUUUUAUAUCUUAUCGUGAUAGUGCUUGUAACAUUAUGACUGGAAUGCUUAUGGUCGCUAUGGAAAGUUUUUGACAAGUAGGAAGUAGAAAGCAAAUAUGAUUGCUCUAGUUAGUGUAUAAUAAAAUAAAGCGAGUGGGCUAAAGUUCUGGUAAAUUGCAUUAAGUCUCACCUUGUAUUUCCUUUACUUUUUUUUGGCAAGUCCUAAUAGUUUCUCGUAGUAAAUCGUGAAUGUAAAAUCUUGACAAGAACUUUGUCUUGCAAAAACUUUUUUUGGCAUUCUAUUUAAAUACAUACAGUGAUUGUUCAUUACAAGGUCUUCUGAAGGGACUAGUAAUCUUGUGUGAUUAUUUGAAUGCAAAUUCUCACUUCUUGAAAAUCAAUGUCGUUAUUUUGAUAUAGAGCAUAUCCUUUUUACUGAAGCAUAGCCUAGUUUUGAAUGGUUUUACUUUAUUUUAGUCAUAAAACCUAUCCCAAUGCAUUUUU